UUUCCAUCCCCUCCCCCCAUCCAAGCAGAGCUAUCCACAAAUUCCACCGGUAUCCCACAAAUUUGCUUCCCUCCUCCUCCCGAACCUUCCUCGCCAUCACCGGCGCUAAAUUCCGCCGCGAUUCCUCCCCGCGCGGCAAGCUGCACGCUUGAUCCACUGCUGCCGUCGCUAUCCUAGCUCCGGUAAACCCUACCAUGCUCUAAUCCCCUGAUCGAUUUUCACUGCCGGCGGCGACGUCCGUCGCUCCAAUACGUUCGUGCUGUGAUUGCUUCGAAAUUUUGCUUAGUCCCGUUUCGGUUUGACGCAUUCUUCGCGUGGUAGGUAGUAGAAUGCUGCUACUCGGUACGUUGCGAGUGUGCAGUUCGAAUUUUAUCCCUGAUGGCGGUGUGAUUGUGCUGCUGGUCUUUCGAUUCCAGACCUAGCCUGGUAGCUGUGAGGAACUAACUAGCUGCUAGUACUAGCUUAAUUUCUUCUGGUGAUACACUAACAGCUCGUUUGGUUUGCAUCGCCACAUGAUCAGAGGGACCAUCCGAUACAAAAACCGAGCCUAACAGCUCGUUUGGAUGGUGUCGCAGGACCAUCCCGACCGUCGCCAUGCAGUUUUUCGCUACCAAUGCAGCAAGUUUUUUUCUCUGGACCAGGCCAUCCGAUGGAAAAGCGUCUGACGACGUCGUCCGGAGCGGGAACGGUCCGGACGGCCUGAUCCGGCAAACCAAACUCACCGCAUGAUGGCAUUGCCAGAUCAAAGGGUAGAAGUAGAUGCAUUAGAAAGACACUUAUUGGCUGCUUCAUCUUCAAACGACUACAACGGAAACUGUGAGGAUGGGGUCCUCUAUGAUGCAUCAUUUGGAGCAAUGGAAGACAAUUUUGUCAAGUAUCACAUUGCUUGGUGGAUUCUUUUAUCUAUAUUACUAAUCUUAGCCUGGGGAGUAGGAGUCCUCAUGUUACUUUACUUGCCUAUUCGGGUAUAUGUGUGCCGGAGGGACUUCCGCUCUAGGAAGCUGUACUUGACACCACAUGCUGUUGUUUACAAGGUAAACAAGCCUGUUGCCUUUUCUUGUUUUGGGGCUUUGAAGAACGAAAAAUAUGUUGUCCUCCCUUCAGUUUCUGAUGUUGUCGUUGAGCAAGGUUAUCUCCAAUCCCUUUUUGGAAUAUAUUCAAUCAGAAUUGAGAAUAUUGGUGUUAGAAGGCCUGCAAGUGAUGAUAUAAAGAUAACUGGAGUUGCUAACCCACAUGAUUUCAAGAAGGCUGUUCUAGUCCAUAUUUUGAAUACAAGGAAUCUGCAUUUCAGUAGGAAAUCUUCUGUAUCUGAUGAUGAACAGAGCACAAGUUUGAAUCCUAUAGCUAGUGCAUGGGUACCUCCUCUUGGAGAGUUGAUACUAGAGAAGCUUGAUGAAGUUGAAAUCUCUGUAAAGAAAAUGCAAGCACUGCUAGAGGGGGUUGAAACAUCCAAAAUGAAUACCAGACCCAGUUGACUUAGUAGAUUUUGACAGAUGAUACGACCAUACAAGGUAUUACCCCUGACUUCUACAUAACAAAGAUGCAUACAGCCAGAACAAAACAACAAAAACACUAAGAACAAACAAAGUAGAGACUCCACAUAUUGGAAACAGAACUCCCUAGAAGUAGUUAUUAUAGCUAGGCUUGGAUGCAGAGUCUAGAAUGUCAUCCAAACUGGGUAAAGAGCUCCCUGGCCACUUUCUCUAAGCGUGUGCAUGCCGAAGUAAUCAGCUUACGAUGCUCCUACCACUAAACCACAGACCAUAGUUGGAGCCAAUGUGUAAAAGUAAAAAUAACCUAGCAUGUAGUUAUAGGAGGGCAUAGAUGUAUACGAUUGGAUAUUGGAGUUGACCGACUUUUUGUGUGGCAUGUCCAAGUUCCUGUACGAUGCUCGCUUCAUGGCCUUCGACAUGGAGUCCUCAUCCACAGCCGGCAGGCCAUCCCCCGACUGCAUGGCCUCAAUGCGACCACAAUACAUAAGUACUUAAGUUUCUUGUAUUAGUACUCUGAAGUUCUUGUCCCUUAAUGUCUUAGUUCAGUUGUCUUCUUCCCUACUUUCGUUGUCUUGCCAAACAGUAGUCGAUUAUUUCAGCGUCUUGUAUUAGUCUUCUGUAAUUAUUGGCCCUUAAAGUCUGUUUCAGUUGCGAGUUC